UGAGGCAGGUGAAGGCUCCACACAAACAGCCACAGACACAAAGCAAAAACACAUUUCCUCAUCCUAUCUAUGCGGCACGUCCUUUAAAAAAUUCAGCUCCCCUCAAGACGUCCGGGCCUGUACUCAACAACCUUGAGGAGUUUCUUCCAAAGAACCACCGCGAUCGAUCAGUUUGACAGGUUUGAUUGAGUGAAUUUGAUCGUCAUUUUUUUGUACGGACGGGACUGAGAGUGGAAGUGCGGAUCUCUACCCUGAACCCACAAAUGGCGAGCGUACAGCUCAACCACGACUCUUCAUGGGACUCCCUCGGCUCCCUCCCCGCCGAGAAACAAGACUGUCUGGCGCUAAGAUACGCCGAGAGAAAGGCAGACGACGCCGGAGUUGUGCUGGUGAACGGGGAUCGGGCGGAAGAAGGAGCGGGCAGUGAGACGGUGACUUCAGGCGGCAGCUCUAGUGUCACUCCCAGCGGCGAGGACAGCCUGCAACACAACAGCAGCACUGAUCCAAUGGCCACGCAGCAUUUCGGCGCACACAACGGUCCGGAGGGCGUGGUGGACGCCAGCGGCGUACACGACUGCAGCCAACAGACCGACCUUCCCGUCGGCGAGCACACCGGGAUGGUCCACGCACACGGGGAGCCACAAGUGGCGGUCGGUACAGAAACUCACGAGCAAAACACAGGUCCACAGAGCUUUAGCCAACAAACACAAACCACCGAGGCUGAAGUACAAACGGGAGACGGCACUGACGUCACGCAACAACAGACGGCUGCGACGGCCGAGGCACUGGCCUCCGCCAUCACCAAGAGGUUACACGUAUCAAAUAUACCCUUCCGCUUCAGGGACCCAGACUUGCGACAGAUGUUUGGGAAAUAUGGUCAAAUUUUAGACGUUGAAAUCAUUUUCAAUGAAAGGGGAUCCAAGGGGUUCGGUUUUGUUACUUUCGCAAAUAGUGCGGACGCCGAUAGGGCAAGAGAGCAAUUGAACGGCACAAUCGUAGAAGGACGAAAAAUCGAGGUGAAUAAUGCAACAGCUCGUGUGAUGACCAAUAAGACUAGGGGUGCGUAUGCAAACGGUGCGUUCCGAGGUGGACGUGAUUUUAUAAGGGGUCGCGGCCGUGGAGCCUUCAGUGGUUUCCGUGGCCCCCCUCCCCCACCCAUCCCUGCCUAUGCUGGGGGUUAUGGGUACGUACCUGAAGCCACCAUUCUGGACUCUACUGUCAUCUCCAAUAGGGCUGCCCUGUACCAAGAUGGUUUCUAUGGUGAUAGAUACCAGUUCUACCUGCCUGACCAGGCAGCCAGCUAUGCAUACGCCGGCAGCAGAUAUGCCCAACCAACAGCAUACGGCAUGGGUUUCAUCGCUGACUGGAACGUUGGUGAUCUUUGCAGGUAUGGCCGUGAGUACACCGACCCCUACCAUCACACCAUCGGACCCGCAGGAUAUGGGGUAAGGGUUGCUGCGAGCGUGUACCGUGGAGGUUACAGCCGUUUUGCACCGUACUAAACGGUUGAACCACCACCAGGACAUCGCAGUCAUAGGUACCUCUAGAUACUCCCAUGAUGCUCUACGUGCAAGGGCGCUGUAGCCGCCCCCCCUAUUUAUGGCAAUUGUACAUGGGAUAAAAACUCUUGUCAUGUAAUAUUGUUAUAACAUAUAUAAAAGAUACUGUUAUUACAUUAUCGAUAAUGAAGACAGCGAACAAUCAAUGACUACAAAUUCAUGAUGAUAUAAUCAAGUAGCGACCAUCGAUAAAUGUACCUAUAUCUUAGAUAGGCCGUAGAUAGUUUAGUAUCAUAUUGAUAAGUAGUUUGGGGUUUUGUCGGAUGAUUACCUUUCGAGAGGGAAGGUAGAUAUAUAUGACAGGUCUACAAUGGUUGAUAAUUAUAAUCAGGGUAUAGAUGGUAGUGGACGACGAUUCUGUACAGAUUUAGUAGUCGGUAGAACCUGUUGAAGGAGACUCUACAUGUAUGCGUAGAGGGUCUACAUGUACGCAUAGAUGGGAUUUUACAAUGUACAAAGGGCAGAAUGCAAUGUGCAAGACCCGCCACUGUACAGCAGUCACUCCUGCAGUAUAUAUACAACUCUACAAGGACGUUUAUAUAGCUAAGAAACUAGGAAAAAAUUUUUAAAACUCUUAGAUAAACAAAAAUGUUUCCUGAUAUAUAUUAGAACUUUUGUAAACCACUCUUGUCAUCUCUACGCAUUUCUGCCUCUGAUUUCUUAUCUCUGACUUGUGGGAAUUUUCUUUUAUGUAGAAAUCUAUUUCUGUAAAUAAAUCUUUGACCUUUUUUUGAGCAUUUUCA